AUGCUCAAGCCUGGCAACCCACCCACCAUCAGUCUCACACAGGUCUGCCGACAAAUUCGAGAUGAGUUCAGGAAGAUCUACAUGCAAAACGUUUCCUUCACAGUCAGAGACAAAGACAUCAAGAGGUUCACGAACGCGUUCUUUGCGUCGGGCCAUACGAACCAGCGGGUACUCGACGGGCAACGCCCCUCACGCGUCAUUUAUCUCUAUCCGCCUUCCAUGAAUGUGGAUAUACUGCCUCUCGUGGAACUCAAGAUGGCAUACCCGCAAACCGAGGUCACCGUCAUCCCCGGUCCUGCAGAUAUCGAAGAGCAACCCUACUCCCAGUUUAACUGUGAGCUCAUAACGCACAUCCUGGAAAAUACGUCGCCUGCAUUGAGACACGACGUCCAAGCAUCCAUAAUCUCUGAGUUCUGCUGUCAUCACAAUAGUAGAUUCUACUUGUGGUACAAGCCGGGGCAUGUACCCCAUGGUGUGGACAUGACAUUUGACCGGGAAGGGCAAGCUUUCACGGAUCAGAUGAGACGGCUCUACAACAUGACAAGUUUUGCAGAUUUGUUUGGGGUUUAUCAUGGCGUUGCAUUUGAAGGCAUUGAUGUGCAGUUGCGCAACCGUAUCUAUGACUUCACGGCCGAUACUGAAGCGGACCUACCUCGCGGCGUACUGCUUUGGCUUGGGCUCGCGCAGACUUGUCAACAGCUGCGAACCGAGUUUCGCCCUAUCUGUAUGAAGCGAGAGAUCAUCCUACUUUGGGGAGAGGUCACCGGCUAUCUGCACACUUUCUUUCCGAACGUUGACGGCAAGAUCGAGAAUGCUGAGUUUGUACCGAAAGGCAUGACAGUUGUGACUCCGUGGCGCGGGGAAGAGGAAGGGGACGGAUCUGAACUUGACCUGCUACCAAUCAUCAAGGUUGGACUCUGCCGACAGGAUUUCACCUGUCGCUUCGUCCAUGACAAGACUAGCAUGAACCAUGUUAUUGAAGACGGACAAUACGAUCCGGAUGCGUUCGCAGAAUUCAUCAGUGAAGACUCUGGUUCCCUAGAGGAGGUAGUACGCAAUCGGAACGAAAGGUGGCUGCUCGAAAUCGCGACUGGUGUUAUCAAGAGAAUUAUCGUUUCCAACAUCGGCGUCUACGGCCCCCCUCAGGCUGAAUUCUACAUGAAAUACUCGCUAUCUGGCCCUGAGUCGGACGAGGGCGGGGAAUACUCAAGCACAGAGCUAUACUUUAAGAGCGUUGGACUUCUCGAGGCUUGGACAUGGAGCGUUUUCUCAGCUUUUCCUACACUGGAAUUUGAGGCUUGA